CGGUGUGCUGCACCGGGAUUACGCACCGCUCUCCCGUUAUCCUUAUGGUUAUAGGAGCUUUUACAUUAACUGCUGGACACAUACGUUGCUGCUGUAACGCUGACCGUUUUACGUCGGUGUGAAUGAAAUCAGCGUGCUGAGGGAGGACUGUGAGAAGGGGAGCAGCCCCCCGGAUUCACUGAGGAGAAUGCCGUCUCUGUCGGAGCAGCUGCAGGAGGUGCGGAGUCGAGCUGAAGUGUGUCUGUACUCUGGUGGCAGGGUGGUGGAGGUGCGGGCCGGGGUGAUGGCUAUGGCUAAUCUGCCUUUACCGCCCUGCUCCAAAUACCACCACAUCACUGCAGAGACCAUGGUCAUAGAAAACAGCUUUGGAGGCAACAGGAAGGAGACCCUUGCAUCUCUCCAACGAUUGUCUACAGCACUGAACAUCCUGGAAAAGUAUGGCUGUAACUUGACAAAUCCCAACAGGCCAAAGUACUGGAGGACCGUGAAACACAACAAUCCAGUGUUCAGGGCCACCGUUGAUGCUAUUCAGGGAGGACGAGCAGUGCUCUGUCUCUAUGGUUACUCCAAUCAGCAGCUAGAUGGGCUCAGUUUCCCUGAUGAUGUCAUGGAUCCUGAUGUGGGCCGAGUAGCAGCAGUAACGCUGGAAGUGAUGAGCCUGAGGAUGGAACUAGAAAUGCUUAUUAAGGAGGCUCAUCCCCACCCUGAGUUCUAUGAGAGAAUCAUUCCUACUCUAAGACACAAGGAUGUAGGUCUCAACACCGACGCUGUGGUCUACCACUCCUCUUCCAGUUCGUGUCAUUCAGACGGUCAGACCAAGUCUUUAGCUUUCCCCCUCCACCAUCGCCCCUCCAGGGAGAGCAGCCACGGUCACUCCCUGUUCGCCCACCACCAAAGUCUCAGGUCCAUUCAGGUCUUUUCCACCUCCUCAAAGAAACACCCAGAGAACUGCACUAUCUGUGAAAUAUUCCGAAUCUCUGCCCACUGCCUCACCUGCCUGCAGGGGCUCUGCUCAGAAUGUGACAGACUGUACCACUCCUACCCUGAGAGGGCCAACCACCGCCGCACAGCUGUCACAUCAUCAUCGUCGUCAUCAUCUCAAAACAGGAACAGUAACAGUUCUUCCACCUGGCGUUGCCUUCACUGCACUAAAGUCAACUCUGUCCAGGAUGUGGUCUGUGAGGAGUGUGAGCGCCCCCGCAUGGAAUCAAUCAGCUCUAAAGCAGAUGAAUCUCAGUCAGCAACCAUCUCUGAGUGGCAGUGUAAGAGCUGUACUGUGGUGAAUUCAGCCAGCAGUAUUCUGUGCGAGGUGUGCGAGAGACCUCGUUUGGCCACACGACCUCCAGUGACCCCGUCACACCCACCCAUGAACCCCCCCAGACCACCAGCUCCAGUGCUGGGCAUGCCCGGUGACCCUGACAGCCAGUGGGUGUGUCAAUUCUGCACCUAUCUGAACUACGCUCCUGCUACAGUGUGUGAGAUGUGUGACCUGGCUCGCCCAGAGCCUGCACCCCUACCUGCGAAGCUUCGCCCUCCCUCGCCCGUCAGACGUGUCCCUGCCCUACCAAUCAAAUCCAAAGAGCCCCCCUCUGAAGACCUGGACUCCUGUAGGCAGAGACUGAUGAAGGAGGAGGGGCUGAAGCUGAUUCAGCUGAUUAGAGAUGGGGAGAAGAAAGGAAUGAGUCCAGAGGAGGUGUACACAAGCAUGAGGGUAGCUGGGGACAGCAACAUCCUGCCCUGCAAGUGGUUAAAGACAGAGCUUCCGCUGCUGUUAGACCAGAUCAGGAUACAUGUGGCGACAUCCUCCGUUCAGUCUGUUUCUGACAAGACUACAACAGAGCACACAAACAGGUCAUGUGAAGCUCCUGCUGAGGAUGCUGGGACAGAAAGCGUGGUCCAGUUGUCCAGAGCAGAGGUCAAGCAAGCGUGGCUGACAACAGGGGGUGACACAGAGAGAGCUGCCAGACAAGCUCUGAGAGACAGACUCGCCAAGGUGAAGAAGCUGCAUGCGCUGGGCUUCAGCGAUGAGGCUCGCUGUCAUGAGGUUUUGAGGCAGAGUGGUGGUGAGGUGAGAGGCGGCCUGACCCUGCUGCAGCGACCCCUUCUAGAAGCCUUCCACAAGCGCAUUUGGAGUGACAAGCCCGAGCCUCCUGUAGACAUCCAUCACCCCGACAAACAG